CCACGUCCAGAACAUUGAGUCUUUGGAAGUGGAAGCUAAACCCAAACGACGUUAGCAACCAAAAACACUUGAUGUUGCAAAUUUUGCUUGAAAUUUAUCAUCAAAUUUGUCAAUUACUGUUGAUCUCAAAUUCUCUCAACCUAUAUGAUGGACCAGCAAAAAGCGCAUGUGUCGUCAAUACAACAACUGGCAUUAGAUCUCCCUCCAAGCUGCAUAGAAUUCUGUCAGGCGCAUAAGGACUACUUUGUCGUUGGGACUUACAACCUGCAAAAAGAUGAGAAUGCAGACAAUAUAAAAGACAAUCAGGAUAACGAUGGGGAUCAACAGGAAAAGACACAGCAGCCUCAGAGUCGAAAUGGCAGUCUGAUAGUAUUUCGGCUUGAGCCGAACAACAUGGUUCCAGUUCAAACUGUCCGUCACCCAUCUGCUAUCCUUGACUUGCAUUUUCAUCCUGAGAAACAAGAUGUCCUGGCUGUGGUGGCCAGCACCGGCGACCUUUCCUUUUUCAAGUUGGACCCUUCCUGCAGUGACGGUCAUUUGACACACAUCGCCACACACAGACCUCUGGGUGAGGACGAGAGUGUUCUUCUCCUGUCGUGUUGUUGGCACCCUAGGUUAGCCAACCUCAUCGCCAUAACCACGUCUACGUUUGAGGUCCACGUACUACAGGUAGACGAUUCCUGGAAUGUCAAGUUCAGCCAGGGGCCUUUACUUGUUCAUUCUCUCGAGGCAUGGACUGUUGCAUUUUCUCCCUUUUUAGAGGACUCUUUGACAAAUAAGGGCAGCUCAAAGGGCGCCAAUCGAAAGGACUUCACUAUAUAUUCAGGAGGCGACGACUCAAAACUGCUUCAGACAACUUGCGUCUACAAUCUCAACCCGAAUGAAGACGAGGCAUCAAUUGAAGCACCUUAUCCCACGAUCAGCAUCAGAGGUCAUGGUGCAGGGGUUACGGCCAUUCUACCAUUGGACUUGAAGCUUGACGAUGAUGCUGCUGUGGUGGUUACCGGUAGCUAUGACGACUACAUCAGGGUAUUCGCAGUGUACGAACAACACGAGGGUGCUCUUUCUCAGAGAUCGAAGCUCCUUAAAGAGCUGGACCUUGGCGGAGGCGUGUGGAGGUUGAAACUGGUACGCCUCGGAGACAAAGGUUCUGCCACGAUCCUCGCAUCUUGCAUGCAUGCAGGACCACGGGUAUUACAAGUUGGUAUCGCCUCAGAUGGAAACUGUGACAUUGUUGUUCUGGACUACUUAAAUGAGCAUCGGAGCAUGAAUUAUGGAAGUGAUUUCAUGCCAGGGACAGAAGGCUUGGAAAGCAGUUUGUGCUGUGUCUCGACCAGUUUCUAUGAUAAGCUUAUGUGCUUAUGGAACUCUUAAAGUAGUCUGGGAUAAUCUGACAACAAUCUCAACUGCAUUCGUCAGUAUGGAAAUACGUUCAGCCGAGAAAGUAUGGGCAAUUGCGAAUUUGAAUAAGACCCUGCAGGCUGCCGGAUGUUCCCAUAUGUGGCUAGGAAUACCACGAUUCAUUAGGUAUACUUAUGUAUGCUUCAGAUCGGAGUCCACAAUGAGUUUCUGAGGGUCCCAUAGAAUAUAUGGAUGCUAGUAUAGAGGUUGCAUUUUGUAUGUUUCAGCUCCCUCAUUCGUCGACUAGUGGUUUAGGU